AUGUCGAAACGCCCUGCCGACACCUCUCUCGAGCUCGACACAGCAGACGAUGGCGCCCCGCUGACACCCAAGCGUGUGCGUGUCGACGAGAUCGAAGACGAGUCCUUUGCCAGCGGAAAGAUCCUUGAGGCGUCACGGCCACGGCCACCCCCGGAGGAUGGAGAGGUGGAGGAGGAGGAGGAGGAGGAGGAGGAGGACGGCGAGGAGAGUGCGCUGACGGCCGUCGUGAGGGAUGUGCAGGCAGGGCCGACGGAGGGCUUUUCGGAUUUGUAUUUGGACACUGUGAAUAGGACGUUACUAGAUUUCGACUUUGAAAAGCUGUGCUCAAUCUCGCUCUCAAACAUCAACGUCUACGCCUGCCUCGUCUGCGGCAAAUACUUCCAGGGCCGCGGCCGCUCCUCCCACGCCUACACGCACUCGCUCGACCAGGACCACCAUGUCUUCAUCAACAUUGCCAGCCUGCGCGUGUACGUGCUGCCCGAGAGCUACGAGGUCAAGAACAAGACGCUCGAGGACAUCAAGUACGUCGCAAACCCAACCUACAGCAAGGGUGACGUCGCAAAGCUCGACAAGGAGGUCAAGGUCCGCUGGGACCUGGGCGGGAAGAAAUACAUCCCCGGCUUCGUCGGCCUCAACAACAUCAAGCAAAACGACUACCUCAACGUCGUCGUCCACGCACUCGCACAUGUCGCCCCGCUGCGCAACUACUUCAUGCUCGAGCCGCUCUCCGCCCGCCCCGAGCUCGCCCAGCGCUUCAGCAUCCUCGUACGCAAGAUCUGGAACCCUCGCGCCUUCAAGUCCCACGUCUCGCCGCACGAGCUGCUGCAAGAGAUCUCGCUGCGCUCCUCCAAGAAGUUCACGCUCACGACGCAGUCCGACCCCGUCGACUUCCUCUCGUGGUUCCUCAACCACCUGCACCUGUCGCUCGGCGGUUCCAAGACGCGCCCGGGUACCUCAAUCGUGCAGAAGGUGUUUCAGGGGCGGUUGAAGGUCGAGUCGCAGGCGAUCACGGCGCGCGCGGACGCGUCGGAUCGGUUGCGGUUUGAGGAGGCGGCGGAGAUCAAGACGGAGGUGGUGAGGUUUAUGAUGCUGACGCUGGACUUGCCGCCGAAGCCGAUAUUUAAGGAUGAGCAGGACAAAAACAUCAUUCCCCAAGUGCCCCUCACCACAAUCCUCAGCAAAUACGACGGCGUCCACUCUCAAGAGCUCCUCGGCCAACGCAAGCGCUACCGGCUCCUCUCCCCGCUCCCGCCCUUCCUCAUCUUCCACAUCAAGCGCUUCUCACGCAACAAGUUUGUCUCCGAGCGGAACCCCACCAUUGUCACCUUCCCCACGCGCUCUCUCGACAUGUCGCCGUAUGUUGAGCGGUCGCCCACUGAGCCGGGCAGCGAGCCCGUGUGGUAUGAUCUCGUGGCGAACAUCACGCACGAGAGCGUCACCACCACCACGGGGAAGAAGGAGGGCGAGAUGAGGAGCGUCUAUAAGGUGCAGCUGUGCAAUCGUGCGAGCGGCGAGUGGGUGCAGAUUCAGGACCUGUUUGUGGAGGAGGUGGCGAGGGAGUUGUUGUUUACGAGUGAGAGUUAUUUGCAGGUGUGGGAGAGGCGGAGGGGGAAGGGGGUGUAG